UGUGUGUGUGCGCGCGCGUGGGGGAACUUUUUCUACGAUGGCACCUGUGGUCUCGACUUGUGACGUCAGCCGGAAGAGGAGGAGCCUAAGUGUUUUCGCUCCACAGUGUAAAAGCGACUCUGAUCCCAGGCAGAUCAAUACGCAGCAUAUUAACAUUGGAUUACUAAUGGAGGCAGCUGGUGUGUGUGAACUUGAUGUGGCGUCCAGAAGAAUAGUCGGAGGCAAUGAUUCACCGCCUGAGCUGGACAGCCCCUGCCAGGAGGAUGCUGGUGAGUUCAGCCUGGGGGUCUGCUGCUCCAAGGAGCUGAGGGGGGAGACCCCGGGAAGAGAGGACAGCCCGAGCGACCUGGGGGAGCCCGAGCUGGACCCAGGAGGAGAUGCCAAGACCAGGGACGAGAAGGGCUUUGGUAAAGAAGCCAUCCUGCUGAUGCAGGCCCUGAACUCACUGGCCACGCCAGAGGAGAAACUAGCCGCCUUGUGCAAGAAGUACGCUGACCUGCUGGAGGAGAGCCGCUGCAUCCAGAAGCAGGUGAAGGUGCUGCAGAAGAAGCAGUCCCAGAUAGUGAAGGAGAAGCUGCACCUGCAGGGCGAGCACAGCAAGGCCAUCCUGGCGCGCAGCAAGCUGGAGAGCCUGUGUCGGGAGCUGCAGAGGCACAACAAGACACUGAAGGAGGAGAACGGCCAGCGCUCCCGGGAGUACGACGAGCAGCGCAAGGAGGCCAUGCAGCACUUCCAGCUGACCCUGAACGACAUCGAGAUGCAGAUGGAGCAGCACAGCUCCCACAACGGCAAGCUGCGGCAGGAGAACAUGGAGCUGGCCGACAAGCUGAAGAAGCUCAUCGAGCAGUACGAGCUCCGCGAGGAGCACAUUGAUAAAGUGUUCAAGCACAAGGAGGUCCAGCAGCAGCUGAUGGACGCCAAGCUGCAGAGAAUCACGGAGAUGAUGAGGGAAGUGGAGGAGAAACAGCAGAGGGAGAGAGACUUUCUGCUGAAGGAUGCCACCGAAUCCAGACACAAGUGUGAGCUGAUGAGGGAGCAGGAGACCCAGCUCAAGCAGCAGCUUUCUUUGUACAUGGACAAGUUUGAAGAGUUCCAGAGCACGCUGGCCAAAAGCAAUGAGGUGUUCACAACGUUCAGACAAGAGAUGGAGAAGAUGACCAAGAAGAUCAAGAAACUGGAGAAGGAGACCACCCAAUGGAGGACCAAAUGGGAGAGCAACAACCACGCCCUGCUGCACAUGGCAGAGGAGAAAACCCUGCGUGACGGCCACUUCAAGGCCCUGCAGGGGAAGCUGGAGCUCCUGGAGAGGCUGUGCCGCGCGCUGCAGAAGGAGAGGAACGACCUCAACAGCCGCAUCGGCGUCCUGCAGGAGGAGCAGGGCGGCGAGGACGUCUCCACGCUGCCCGAGGCCGGCCCCGUGGAGGCCAUCCCCGUGGAGGCCAUCCCCGUGGAGGCCAUCCCCGUGGAGGCCAGCCCCGUGGAGGCCAUCCCCGUGGAGGCCAUCCCCGUGGAGGUCAGCCCCACCGAGCCCUCUGCCGGGGGGGACGAGGACGAUGCGGCCGAGGACACGCCGGAGAGCCGGGCGCCUGGCCUCGGGGAAGGGGAAGGGGAGGAGGAAGCGCCCUGCCCAACGUCCGGGCCUCUUGGACUGGAGGAACAGCAGCAGGGACCCCCAGAGGAUGGAUCGGCCACAGCGGAUGGAACGGAUACUACUGCCGCGGGCGGCCACACUGCGGCAACACAGCAAGCACAGGACUGAGGGGCUGGUCUGUGUGUGAAGGAGGGGAGGGGGGGGGGGGGGGGGGCGGGGGGAGCAGUGUAAUACCAUGGGUCCCUUUCGAAUCUGCUACCUAGCUGGUUAAACACCAGAUCUUCAGUUGAGUUAUUCACUCGUUUGGUUAGGUUUGUCCCUAGAACUUGCAUUCUCCAUGUUCCCUCGGAGGGAACCUUUGUUUUUUUUUUUCCAGAUUUUUCUUUUUUUUGUAGCAUUUUAAGAGUAAAGCAAUUGCAUCAGUUAUUCUUUUCCAUUUCUUUGUCCCCCGGCUUUCCGUUGGUUUAAGAUAAUUAGCUUUGUAGCAAGCACUUGGUACCUCCUGAUUUCUAUUAUUUUUUCACUCUACCGUAUUUUCCUAGGACUCUGUGGCAGCCGGAGGGAAGCUGCACUUUGAUUCUUACGCUAAUCAGCAUUGUAUUUUUUUCAUAUUUUCUGAGGGUCUUUUGGACAACUAUAGUCAUGAUUAUAAUUUGGUUGUUUUGUUUGAGGGGGAUUUCCAUUACAAGUGUAGCCAGUUUUUUUCUAAUAUGUAUAAUCCUGAGGGAAAUUGCGCCAUGUAGCAUUUACAGAAUUUCCCCCUGGUUCAUGGUAGAGCCGGGUUUAUUUUCAUCAAAAAUCACCACAGGCUACCGCUUCCCCCCCACCACUCAGACUAUUUUUCCAAUACUUCAGUCUUUGUGUGUGUGUGUGUGUGCGUAUGUUUGUGUGUCUGCCAUCAGGGCAAAUUACACUCUGAGUUUCCAUCAUUGUGUGAAUGCAAUUCCAAUCAGCCUUGGUAAAACACGGUAAUAUAAAAUGUCAAGGGCUAAAGUUUAACAUUCCCCAUGGUGUCCCCCACUGCAGACACUUGAUCUAGGCUUUCUGGACCUGGGUGCUGCUUGUGGUUCUGAACCCGUUUUUAGUGUCGUCUGUUCAGGAUGGCUCCCAACGUGUGAAUCCCUCGAACUCGAUGCAGAGUUAGCAUCUUAAAAAACCCCA